AUGAGGAUUGCCAACAAUCUAAAUCCAAACAUCAAUGCUCUUUUAAUUGAUAUUGUCACUUCAAAUCCAUAUUCUAUAUUCUUUGGAAGUUUAAGAGAUGUUUCUAAACUGGACACUCAUCAUAUACAUAUAUGUGUUGAUCCAUCUUUAGAUCCCCGAACUUUUAAUCUUCGUACUGCAUCCCAAGUUGCUGCAAUAUGGCAUAAGAAUGAUGAAGUUGUUGAGUAUAGAGAGGAUGAUAUAUUGUCCAAAAACAUCAAGGUAGAAACUUCAAGGUUGGAUUACUUAAGGGUAAAUCAGAAAGAAAUAAGAACAGAUGUGUAUCAAGGAAUUGUUGAUAGUAUCACAACAAGAGAAUCUAAAGCUUCUACUAUUGGUCGAAGAAUUAUUUUACUAGGCUCAUUUAUAGGUGGUCCAAGAGAUCUUCGGAAGCGCUAUAUUGAUGCCAUGACUUUAGUGCAACGAUUUGGAAAGCCUGAUAUCUUUUUAACCAUGACUUGCAAUCCAAGUUGGAGCGAAAUCAAAGCGGAAUUGUUACCAAAUGAAGAGCCACAAAAUAGACCUGAUCUUCUUGUCCGACGAGGUCAUAAACUAGAUUCUCCAGAAAAAUUUGAUGAUUUCAUAUCUGUGGAGUUGCCUGACAAAGAAAAGUUUCCAUACUUGUACUCGAUGGUUGUUAAACACAUGAUGCACAGUCCUUGUGGUUCUUUGAAUUGUAAUAAUAUUUGUAUGAAAAAUGGCCUGUGUAAGAACCAUUACCCUAGAGAUUUUAUUUCAAUGACAACCAUGAAAGUUGAUGGAUACCCUAACUAUAGGCGGCACAACAAUAAUGAAACGGUUAAAGUUCGAGGGCAUAUGUUGGACAAUAGAUGGGUUGUUCCCUACAACCCAUAUCUUCUUGCAAAGUUUGAUUGUCACAUUAAUGUGGAAAUUUGCUCUACUAUUAAGGUUGUCAAGUACUUGUAUAAUUCCACAUAG